AACGUUCAUUUGGUUUCCCGCGCCGCGCGUCUGUUCAAAGUUUGACUUCCAAACAACAACUGGCAUCUAAAAGUCUAUAGUUUAACGCGACUAGAAGCCUUUUUUGAAGCCAAAUAUUGGCGUCUGGCUUACAGAAUGCCUAGUCAUUUUACAGGUAUCGAUAAUGCUUCGGCAAAGCUCCAGAAAAUGAAGGAAUUUGUUGAUAAUGGAAUGGCGGCCACGCUUGAUAUUGCGCUGGACUUGGAAGAGCGAAAAGAGGGUAGCGACGGAGUCAAAGAGUUAAAAGACUUGAUGGUCCAAUACGUUCACAUGGAGCGAGAAAUGGACCAAUGGAUGGAUGCCGUGCAGCAAGCUAAGGCUCAGUUCACGCGCGAGUACGACCCUGCGAAAAGUGAAAUCCCAGACAUUGAAACAAUAUUCCAAAAGAAAAUAGAAGACCUUGAAUCAGCCAACAAUGACAAGGACUUGCUAAAUCACAAAAAAAUAGUGGGCUUUGAUAAGAAGAUCUGGAAGGUGCAUCACGAGAAAGAACAAAUGAUCGGUGCUGGUGGAGCAGAGGAUAUGGAUGCGGAUCUCAUCAUGUCACAGGCCACAGUGCAAACAAAAUGUCCAAUCACACUGAAGGAAAUGACUAAACCAAUGUCAAGCAAAAACUGCAAGCACUCUUACGAGAAAGAAGCCAUCGAACACAUGAUCAAGAAGUCGCGUGUGAAGUCCGUGCGGUGCCCUAUAAGUGGGUGUCCACACACACUGACCUUGAAUGACCUGGAGGUUAAUGUUGAACUGGAACACCACAUUGCCAGGAAGAAACGUCAAACAUAAUAAAGUGAAAGUGCUGGAGAGAGUUGAAUAUUAGGUUGAAAUUACACACAUCACUGUUUGACUGCAGUUUUUAACAUUCUAGGAAUUCUCACUAACAAUUUCCACAACCUGAAUCUUGUUCUGGCUUCUGUCAUUCAAAUUCCUUGAAGCAGAUUCAUUGACCAGCACUAAAAAUGGCGUCAAAUCAUGCCACCUCUCCAGGAGGCACUGACCAAUAAAAAAGCUACAAAUGAAGCCUGUUAGUUUGAAUUAUGGACACCAGAAAAUGGUUCAGCAGUUGUAAAUUGUUGGCAAGACUUCACGAAUAUUUGAAAUCGCAGUAAAUUGAUUUACAAUAUUAUCAAAUAAAAUAGUAUGCCUAAUAUGAACAAUUUUGACCAGGUAAUUAGCUGGAUGUGUAACAAUAUUGGUUUUAGUUUUGUUUUUAUGGAUAAAUAUGGAUGUAUUUUUUAGAAAUGUGUUCAAACCCAAGUGCUGCUCAUCAUUUUUUCAGAACGUUUUGUAAUGUUUGUUGAACAACACUGGGAAAUCAAACAAGCUCGAGAGUUUAUGAUUUUUUUUAAAAAAAAUGGUAGACCCAUAUUCCAAGUUUUGUCAUGGGAGGGGAGUAAUCCCCUAAUUCUAUUAUAACAAAAUAUAUAGAUAAAUACUUGAGAAUAGGAAAGAAUAAUAUUUAACUUAUCUCCAAACAUAUUUAAGGAAAAACUAUCACAACAUUCUGGGCGUUCUUGUCAACUCAUCGAAUUUACAACAUGUGGUCAGCGGUGUUGCUUAUAAGGCUGAAAAAAUUGACGCUCGAUCAUAACAAAGCUGUUUUUCCCACAUCCACACUCACGCGACGUUUGUAUACCGCCUGGAAAUCGUCGGUAGCAUCUUACAUCUACUGAGUCUUGACACAUUCAGAACUCCAA